GUAAGAAGAAAUAGAUACGGCUGAUCAAGUACAGUUGGCUAGGGUGUGAUUGACUGGGUACUGAGUGUCAUGUGCUGCCUGGGUCGUUUACAGUAAAUCAAUGUCCUGGCUUUCAGUGGGUCAGUCUCUUGCCCCCUCCUCCCUGCUCACUUUGAACCUCACAUGGUGCUAGUAACAUUUCCCUUGGCCUUAUAAAGGAACCACCGGAGCUCACUACAGCCAGACUUUGGACGCAGGAGAUCAGGGACUUUCCUUGUCCCCCACCAUCCCCUAACUUGAAGGGAAGCAGAGAACUGUACGAACAUCCACCAGCAUUUCCAACUCGUCAAACAUGAGUCGACCGCUGAAUGGAAUCCAUGACAACGCCGUACACGAUGAAAGGACCUUCAUGUUCACGUCAGAAUCUGUGGGAGAGGGACAUCCUGAUAAAAUCUGUGACCAGAUCAGUGACGCUGUGCUGGAUGCCCAUCUUAAACAGGACCCUGAUGCUAAGGUUGCCUGUGAGACUGUCUGCAAGACUGGGAUGGUGCUGUUAUGUGGGGAGAUCACCUCUCGUGCCUUUGUUGAUUACCAGAAGGUGGUGAGAGACACAAUACAGUACAUUGGAUAUGACAAUUCCACUAAAGGCUUUGACUACAAGACCUGCAAUGUGCUGGUUGCCUUGGAGCAGCAGUCACCUGACAUUGCACAGGGAGUCCAUCUAGACAGACACGAAGAUGACAUUGGCGCCGGAGACCAGGGCCUGAUGUUCGGAUACGCUACCGAUGAGACAGAAGAGUGCAUGCCGCUAACCAUUAUCCUCGCUCACCAGCUCAACGCUAAGAUGGCCCAGCUCCGCCGUGACGGAACACUCCCAUGGCUCAGGCCUGACUCGAAGACCCAGGUGACAGUCCAGUACAGCCAGGAGAAUGGGAUCGUUGUCCCGACUCGUGUGCACACUAUCGUUAUCUCUGUGCAACACGAAGAAGAUGUGACGGUGGACGAAAUGCGAAGUGCCUUGAAGAAGCUGGUGGUUGAUGCCGUGGUGCCCAGCAAGUACCUGGAUGAUAAAACUGUGUAUCACCUCCAGCCCAGCGGGAGGUUUGUCAUUGGAGGACCCCAGGGUGAUGCUGGAGUCACUGGGCGGAAGAUCAUUGUGGACACGUACGGGGGAUGGGGAGCUCAUGGUGGUGGUGCCUUUUCGGGAAAGGACUACACAAAGGUUGACCGCUCAGCAGCCUACGCUGCUCGCUGGGUGGCCAAAUCCCUCGUGAAGGCUGGCCUUUGCAAACGUGUCUUGGUGCAGGUUGCCUAUGCCAUCGGAGUCGCUGAGCCACUGUCUAUCUCUGUUUUCUCGUAUGGAACCUCACAAAUAGGCGACAAAGCAUUGAUGGAAAUUGUGAAAAAGAACUUCGACCUUCGACCCGGAAUGAUUGUCAGGGACCUCAACUUGAAGAAACCAAUCUACCAAAAAACAGCUUGCUACGGCCAUUUUGGCAGGAGUGAAUUUCCUUGGGAAGUGGCCAAGAAGCUGAAUUACUAAUGUGUCCUGGCCUCGUAUCCCGAAACUGCCACUGCUGCUGCCCAUUGCAGUGACCUACAGUGCGGCACUUUGUCCUGAAAUUCUGUGAUAAAACUGGCUUCGGCCUGUCCGCAUCAAAUCCUUGUCUCCAGGAGGGACCAAAUCACAAUUUGUGGGGAGAAUUUAAUCAUCAGCAACAAUGCCACGUUGGGGAAGACUGGCCUCUGCUUUCCUGGGAGAAUUCCAUUAUUCUUUACAUUGCUGUCAUUUUACAGAAACAUAACCGGCUCCUUUUUCUGCCAUAGGGAAAGGCCAGCACCAGGGUUCCACCGUCUGUAUGCUAUCUUCACUUCACUACCUCCGAGCCUGGUGACGUGGGACAAAACCCAAAACUGAACCACAAGUGACCAAAAUGGUGGAUGCUCAUGCCUUGCUGUGAGUUAGUUUCCCCGAGGUGGAGUGUUGAGGUGAAUAGCUGCACCUGACUGCCAACGGCAUUUCAAUUCUGUUCUCCUUCAUCACCCCAUCUCACAUGACAAGGGGAAUGUUUCCCUCUAUUCUGCGCCCAUGAGCUGGAAUUACUGUAGGCUGGAAUUUGUCAUUUUCAGUUACCUGGACAUCCUCGGCAGUAUACCCACUUGGGUUAGUAAUCUUGGGAUCAAAUCUCGCCUCCUCUCCCCGCCUGACAGAACAUGUAAAGAAAACAUAACCUUUUUUAAAAGUUAUGUUUUAAAGUAGCAAUCAGUGACUUAAAAUGCAUAGGAACACGCAAAGUUGAAGCAAAGGGAGGACAUUCAGCCCCUCCAUCAUUCGGUGGAAUCUCGGCUGAAUAAUUGUGAGUUUAACUUUCCAGCGCGUCCCCAGUAUCCUGAACCUGGCCAGCUAUGUGUUAAAAAUAUUCAGUGAUCGUGCCUCCACUGUUCUCUGGGAAAGAAAAUUCCAAGGACUCGCACAUCUCCGGGAGGAAAAAAGAAUUCUUCCUCAUUUUAAUCCUAAAAAUGGAGACCCCCUGAUUUCAAAACACUGACACCCAACCCCCCACUCUUACCUUCACCUCAGUUCUAGCCUCUCCCACAAGGAGAAACAUGCUUUCAGAAUCAUCUCGAUAAUUCCUCUAUGCUUCAAUAAGAUCAGCUCUCAUUCCUCUAACUCCUGGUUACCUACAUGCUUUCUGACCACAGUCCUCACUCUACAGCUUAAACAACAUAUUUCAAGUGAACCAGUCAUACCUCCAUGAAAGCAGAUGGACAGCCCCUCUCUGUCUAACUGUGUGGAGUACAUGUUUCUUAAACUCAUCAUGAAUUACUCUGGUCUCUCUGGUUCUACACUUUGUUUUUUUUUCUCAAGUUUAACUUUUAACUGAUCACACAGUGGGGGAGAGAAAAAGCAGUCUCACUUUGAGACAGGCUGUUUUGCGAAUUUUCAGGUCAUGAAUUAUGCUGCAAAAACAGGACAAAUCAACUCCAGUUUUGGUGUUUUGUUCCCUUGCAGUGUCAGUCUUGGAUCAGAGCUAACACUCCCUCACUGCUUAAUUGCAGGGCUAGGGCUCACUCCAGAGGCUUGAGCAUAUCAUCCAUUCAGUAGUGAGGGAGAGGCAAUAUCCUUUGACCUUUAACACCAGACCCUGUCUGGUCACUGAGGUGGGCAUCAAAAGACCACAUGGCAGAACUCAGAGAGCAGUUGGGGUGCUUUUUGGUGUUCCAACCAAUAUUUUUCCCUCAACCAAUAUUGUAAUUUUGGUCAUUAUCUCAUUGCUAUUUGUAAUUGCUGCAUUUCCUAUAUUACACAUUCAAAAUUGGUUGGGACAAAACAUGUUGGGACAUCCUAUGGACAUAAAUAGGACAAAGAAAAACAAUCUCUUUCUUAUUAUCUUAAUCUACAAAGAAAAUACAACCUGUUGCUUUGUGAUUUUCCCAUUCUUCUUAUUUUGUUCAUUAUUUAAUGUUAAUUUAUAUUCAGGCUGAAUCUAAUUCAUCUUCUAAUGCCUCUAAUCCCCUAACAAUUUCCUUUUGCCUGUUUCCAUUUUGGUGUGUUUACCAUUUUAAAAAAAAAGAAUUUUGAUUUAUUUCUGAACUGAUAUUGAUAGUGCAAAGGAGAAACAGUAGUCUGUUAUAUUGCAGCAGUGGCUAAAUCAGUCUGUGAUUUAAUUCAAAGCUCCAAAGUCAUUCAAAGCAUUUGAAAAUUAAGUUUUGUAUCAAUGUGCCUGGUACCCAGAUGUGUGGUGCUGUGAAAUGCUUGAGGGAUUUGACUGCGGGGGAGCUGUGCACCCCAUAGAAUUUUCCAAAUAAAUGGACAGAAAACUCA